UGCUGGAGCUAAAUCAGACAGACUGAGUCUCUCAGAGAAAUGUUCUCUGGUUAUAAAGAAGGUCACAGAGAAGGAUGUUGGUCGUUACAACUGCAGACAGAUCGGAUCAGGACGACGAGACUCUACACUUAUCCUGUCAGUUGUUACCAUGACUGAAGAGAUCAACACUGUUGCUGAUGAGGUGAAGUUCAGAUGCUCGGUGAAGUCGUUUGUACAAUGUGCUCACACAGUGGGGUGGCUGUUUCAGGGCGAAGCUGUGAAUAAAGACAACCGCGAGCUGGAUACAUAUCGUGAUACCUGCUACACUACUGGUGUGGCCUUUCCUACUUCUCAUUUCAGUUACACAUCAAGGUAUAACUCUUUUAAGUGUGACGUGACUAAUGAUUACACUGGAAAGGUGCACCAGUUUGUCUUCAGCCCUCAGUCCUCAGGUGAGGACACACUAACAACGGAAUCAACAACAACAAUAGAAGCAACACCAACACCAAAAAUCAACAAAACAGCAGGUGACAAUGAUGCUUCAGCAGAACUAUCAGCUUGUGCAGGCUGGUCCUCUCUGGACUACGUGGUGUUGGUGAUGCGUGUGGCUGAACUCCUCCUGGUGACUGUGAUCACUGUUCUUCUCAUCAAAGAUCGAGGGAGCCAGAGAGCAGCUGGUGACAACAAGGUGGAUAAUAAUAAUAAAGGUGGAGACGGUGGUGUGGUGAACUAUGAAAACGUUGGAGAGCCUUCUGUCUCUGUCAGAAUGUGAUGAGCAACCAGCUUCAUAUCAACAUCGACUCAGCAGCAGAAAGACUCCACUGCAGCUGCAAACAUCACAUUUAUACCAGCAGCUGAAGCUCCCAGAUAACAAAAGGCUCAUCACAUCAUUUUGUUGUUUAUUUUCCAUCUUUUUUUACAAUAUCAAGUCUCAAGUUUCAUGGAAAAAAAAUCUUCAGUUAGGAAUUCAACAAGCUGGAUUUCAACUUGAACUCUUUUUAGUUUCCUUCAAUGUUUUCUUCCAGCUGCAGAUUUCAGAGCUGAUUUUAUAUUUACUGCUUGUUGUUGAAGCUGCAGCAGCUUGAGCUCAGUGUGCAGAAAA